GAAACUAAGCGUCGUUUGUGAGGAGACAUCGUGACGCGGUACUGUGAAAUGUUGGAGGAAGGUUCGAAUCUUAUUCUCCGUCAUGUUGGACCCAAACGAAUCGAUGCUUCUACUUGUCCUCCUCUUAUGACAUUGAAGAAAGGUAAAACAACAUUCGGACGUCAUCCACGUAAUGAUUACCUGAUUGAUUCUUCCACUUUCAAAAACUUUAUUUCCCGGUGGCACUGCAAGAUCGAACCCUGUCAGCUGGCUGACGGCAAGAUUGUCUAUAAGAUAUUCGAUUGCAGUUUAAAUGGCACCUUUGUCAAUGACUACAGAGUUAGCCAAGAUGGCUGUGUUUUAAAUAAUGGGGACAAAAUCAUAUUUGGCCAUUUAAACGGUUCAAACAUCACAGCUGGCAGCUUCGCUCGACAGCCUAAAUCAAUAUUCCAAUAUGUAUUUCAAGAUAACAAUGACAGUUUGCCAAACUCUCCAAAGAACAAAGACUACAAAAAUAUUUGGUCCAGUCCAUGUUGUAGAAAAGUGAUCAAGUUGGAUCAAGCAAAUUUAUCUUUGGAAUAUUUUGGUGACAGCGAUGUCUUUGACUCUAGUGACAUUGCAUGUGACGAUGAUGAAGAGACAGGAUAUUCUACAGACUUGUGAUACCAUGUAGAAAGGAAAAGAAGAAGAAGAAAAAAAUAGGUGAAUGCUAGUCAAACCAAAAAAAAUGGUCAGUGGAUUGGCAGAAACAGUAGAGCAAAGGGCAAAAUACCUUGAAGUAUUCAGUUACAAGUUCAAAUCCAGCUGACAGCUGAUGAUAUCAUUUGUGUUGAAAUUUCAAUUUAAGUAAGAACACUUUGGUAAAGACCGUCCCAGGUGUGUAUGUGCAUCCGUGUGUGUGUGUGUGUGUGUGUUCUAUUUAAGGGUUGUAUGGAGAGAUUAAAUUAUGUUUAUUUACUUGAAAUUGUUUAGUCAUGGGAGGCAGAAGGGGACAGCGCUUGGACCUUUGCCACAUCCUCCUGCACCAAGGGGAAUGACGCUCCACUGGUUCAACAUCUGUGGGGAGGAGGUAUAGGUGGGGGAUGAGGGUGGAAGAAAAGAAUGUGAGCAUGGAGAUUGCAGGGGUGAUGUUGUCCUGGGGAGAGAAAGGACUGGCCAUUGUAUUUUGUGUGAAAGCUAGGAACUGAGGGAAGGAGAGGAGAUAAGGCCAUUGGGUUAGGGUUAGGGUUCAGAAGAGCAGGGACCAAUGUAGUAUCAGUUGAAAGAAUUGAUGGAGUGGACUGUUUACUAGUGGGUAAACUUUUGUGAUAGUCAGGGGAGUGGCAAUGUGGCCCAGGAUGUUCUUGUGUUUGGAUAGUAGUGUUCUAGUCUUGAUUGAUUAAGAUUAAAGUAUUUUCUAGGCUUUAUAAGAAAACACUAGUCUCUUGGAUGUGCUCUGUGAUGUUUGUGUAUGAAAUAGCAUCAUCAGUGACCCCCAGAUAUCUAAGCAAUACUGUAAUGUGGUCUACAAUGUCUGUGUAGGUAUGUAUGGGUGUGUGUGUGUAUAUAUAUCAACAACAGUUUAAUGUGAUUUAAUAUGAUUAUUGUAUGUAACAGGCAACAUUGUCCCUUAUAUGUAAGCAGUUGUGUAAUGUGGUGUGUGUGUGUGUAUUUAUAUAUAUAUAUAUAUGUGUGUGUGUGUGUGUGUGUGUGUGUGUGCAUGUAUGUAUAUGGUGAUGAUGAUGAUAUAUAUUCUUUGAGUUUGUUUUAUGAGAAACAACUUUGAGCGUACUCAUAAAAGGCUCCUAUACUAUUUUUUUCCCAGCUACUGCUUAUUAUUCUCGUCUUCCAAAGUAAUUUUAGGGGAUGGUUAUCAAUCUUAUUAAUCUGGUGCUGCUAUAGCAUAGGAUGAAUAUAGUAACAACACAAACUUUAAGAUGGAAAUUCAUAAAUACUUUUAUGCAUUGCUAUGUACGUUUCCACAAAGCACGUGCAGCCACAAAAAAAAAAAACAUGUGCUUUGUGGAAACAUACGUAGCAAUACGUUAAAGAAUUUAU